UAAGCCAGGAAAAACUGGACCUUUGCCAUUUCAUAUCAUGGCUGYCACUUUCAGUAGCAUAGGUAGAUAUUAGUGUCUGUCUGUGAUACUUAGCGCAAAUGUAAUACUGAGGUUUCUGCAAGGCAAGGCUUGGYUGUUCUAGUAUAAAAAUGGAUUAUGAACUCUUGUGUUAACACAAGUUGCUUCUCUGUAAAUUCUAUAAUGACUAGGAUGAGGGGGGACAUAGGAGGUGUCGGAACCUGCAAWUCUACCAAGAAAAAUCAUUCAUGCAGGAAAAAUCACUAAAAUCUUCAAGUUCAUAAAAUCUGCAUUUGUUAYGUUAUGAAURAUCUGUUAAGUUAAAGCCAUUAAAAGUAUCCAAAAUCUGAAAAAAUUAUAACUUCAAAAAUUAGSUGAAUCUGCCAAUGUGAAAGCCCCUAAGUCUCCUCUGGUCAAUAAUCAGAUUCUARUAGUGUUGUGAGAUACAACAGUCAAUUUGAAGGUAGUGUCUGUCUGAGUCUCCAGGAUCACCAGGGCGCCCUUGCUGUUUGGCUAGAGAAGUUGAGAUAAUGACACCAUAUUGCAUACCCAACUGUGACUAUAGCUAGCAUUUAGUGUUUAAAUUUAAAACAAUUUUUUUACAAUAUCAAUAUGAUAAUUUAUUGGCCAAAAUAUUGACUAGAAUUUCAACAUACUGUGUGUGCAAAUGAGGCAAGAUUUCAAAUAAAAAAAAUCAUUCAAAUAAAAAAAAAUCAAAUACCUAUAACACACUCUGUGGUCUUAACAUGACAUUGUUUUUACCUCAAUGUUUACAUUAUCAAUUACAUCAAUUUCUAAAAAAAAAGUACUAAAUUAAGUAUAACACAUUCYAAUCCCACCUUACUUGAAAUAGAAAAUACUAAAAAUAGUUUUAAGUCACUCCUAUUSUUCUUUAAUUGAAUACUUUGAAAUCCUUGGUGGGUUAGGCUUUGAUUUGAUUGAUAGCCUAAAGCUGCACAUUCAUGAUAUUUAUAAUGAACAACAUUGAACAAGAAACACUUCUGAAUUGCUUUGGAAAUUGUAACAAUUAUAUAUAGGAGCUGAAAUAUCAUGAGCCAGGGUUAUACUUCUUUUGAUCAGUUAAUCAUUAUGGAGAUUUGGGUGUACCUUUCCUUCUUCUUCUGGUACAGACGAAUUACUAAAUGGCUUUUGCAUUUAGCUACUGGUUCUUCGGAGUUGCAGAGGAUUUGUUACAAGACACAGCAUGGGGCAGGAAGAACCAAGCAAAUCGAGCAAUCACUAAGGAAUUCAAAAACUCUGGCUAUUAGUGAAAUUCCAGACAAACUUAAUGUCUGYAUAGAUGAUGCAGUUGCACUUAUCAUGACAACAAAGAAGAUAGACAUUGGAAAGGAAAAACUAUUUUAUGAUGCCAUGAAAAUCAGCUURAGCCAAAUAUGUGGCUAUUCAGACUUAUUUCGAACUAUAGAAGAAUGUCGUGGAGCGAAGUAUUCAUCAGAGAAUCCUGAACAYGAAGAAAAACUCUUAAAGUUAUGGAACCUGUUAAUGCCAAACACACCUUUAGAAGAUAGGAUAACCCAACAAUGGGGAGACAUUGGUUUUCAAGGCAAAGAUCCAAUGACAGACUUCAGAGGAAUGGGAAUGCUAGGUUUAGAUAACUUACUAUAUUUUGCUUCAAARCAUACAUCUGCUGCAAGGAAAGUGCUUUCUGCUUCACACCAUCCACACUAUGGRUAUUCAUAUGCUAUUGUUGGAAUUAACAUCACUGGUAUGACAUAUCAUCUACUCAAAGCUGGAGCUUUGAAAACACAUUUUUAUAACUACAAAMAAGGAAAACCAAGUGUUGCUGACUUCCAUGAAGUGUAUUGUUCAAUGUUUUAUGAAUUCAAUUCAUUUUGGUUCAAUGAAAAGCCAGAAAGUGUCAUGGAAUUUAACAGGAUCAAAGAAAAGUUUGAAGAAAAGAUCACCGCUAUGUUGAUAACAGAUGCUACAACACAGAUAUCAUUGAAAUACAAAGAAAGCUUCAAUAACAUGGGUUCUUUAACAUCAGUUAAUUCAAUGGAUACACACUUUUAGUGCCUUCUUGUUAAACAUCCAKUAAUACAUACGUAGUAUUUUGGAUAUGAUAGUCUAGGGUCAGUUUUACAGAGUUAAGUAACACUAUUUAUUAUAAGCUUAUAAAUAUACAAUGCAACAUGAUUAUUUCUAGUGGACACCGUUACCGCACGGUAACCGCACAGUUACCGGACCUGGCCUUCACAAUUUUGGUGAACCUAUGGGGCACUAGAAUUUGGUUACAGUACGAUUACGGUCACAGUACAGUACCGUCCGUUUCCCACUCAUACGAAAUCUGCUCUACUAUUAUAAUAAGUAUUGGUCAGUGAGCCAUAUGAAGGUGAAAACAAAAGUAGUGUAAUGUAUUUUUAUCCUUGCUGGAAGCAUAUGACCCCUGGUAAUGCCAGAUAGAAUGAUGACAAUGAUUAUAAUAAUUACUCCAGUUAGGGUAAGGAUAAUGAUGYAAAUAUCAUUGAGUUAGAGUGAAGUAAAAAAAACCCCUGCGAAACAGAUAUUAUACUAAAUAUCUGCAAUGUUUUCUUUCUUGUCUAUUUGAUUAUCACACUUUAAAAGUCAAAUUUUGUUCUUUUGUAAUUACUUCAUUCUAAUAGGUUAUGGUAUGCAACGACAUGAAUUUGAGAAGCAAUUUUUUCAAAAACUCCAACACUUAAAACAUUUUCUAAAGACUCCAAUUCGUUUUUAAAUACUAUUUCAUUCUUUAUAUAAAUUUGAUAUAAUUGUAAAUAUUAUGGAUUGCUGAAAAAAGAUGUACAAUAUUUAUUAAUUAUGCUCUAAAGUAAAAAUAUAAAGUAUGAUAACUUUUCACAUAGUUUCCUUGUUCACUAAUGUGAUUACGUGUUCAAAUCAUGUAUAAUAUAAGUCCGAGUUCAAGUGAAAAAUGCAAAUGGCAAGGAGAAAUGCAAUAUACAAGUUCACACUAGCAAAAAUGCCUACACACAUGCAAACGCAAGUGCAAGAAAAUAAAAAUUCAGGUUUAUGAGGAA